CCUGGCAACCUGGGCUUGCUGUCGCUGGGCGGUCUGGGUUGCCCGUGCGGGAACCGCGGUCGGAGUGGGAGGGAGAGGCUGCACCCGAGAGGUGGAAGAGGACGGGUUUUAGGCUGGACGUGCCUUAGAGGAGCCAUUUUCCAGGAUGGCUGGUUUGGUUUUAUGUGAACCAACAGAGCUUUACAACAUCUUGAAUCAGGUCACAAAACUAUCCAGAUUAACUGAACCCAACUAUCUCUGUUUAUUGGAUGUUCGUUCCAGAUGGGAGUAUGAUGAAAGUCAUGUGAUAACAGCCCGUCGAGUGAAGAAGAAGGGGAAUGGAUAUCUUAUCCCGGACUCUGUGGAUCUGGAGUGUGUGAAGUACUUUGUGGUGUAUGAUAACAACACCAGCUUCCUGGAGGCAUUCUUAAAAGACAAUGAUGAUGAUACAGAACCUGAUUCUGGCAGAGAUCUGGUGCCUGGAGCUGCUGUUGAGUAUGGCAAGUUCCUGGCCCAAUUCACCUACCGCCCUGUCUCCAUCCUGAGAGGGGGCUAUGAGCGCUUCUCAGCCAUGUACCACUUCUUCCGGACCCAGAAGGUCAUCUGGAUGCCUCAGGAACUGGAUGCAUUUCAGCCAUACCCUAUUGAAAUAAUGCCAGGCAAGAUCUUCUUGGGCAAUUUCAAUCAAGCCUGUGACCCUAAAAUUCAGAAGGAUUUGAAGAUAAAAGCACAUGUCAAUGUCUCCAUGGAGGUGGGGCCUUUUUUUGCAGGUGACCCAGACAAGCUUCUGCACAUCCCGAUAGAAGAUUCCCCAGAAGCCAAAAUUUCUCCCUACUUACGCCACCUCUGUCACUUCAUAGAAAUUCACCUUGAGCUUGGCUCUGUCAUUCUGAUCUUUUCCACUCGCGGUAUCAGUCGCAGCUGUGCGGCCGUCGUGGCCUACCUCAUGCACUAUUAUGAGCAGACCUUGAAGAGGUCCUGGACCUAUGUCAAGAAGUGCAAAAACAACAUGUGUCCAAAUCAGGGCUUGGUGAAUCAGCUGUUGGAAUGGGAGAAGACCGUCCUUGGAGACUGCGUCACUGACAUCACGGAUCUGUUGUACUGAUCUUCUCUGCAGCCCAGCCACGGGCCUGAAGAACCUUGACUGGGGGCUUUUUGUGGGUGGAGGGCCAGAGUGUGUGUGCACACCCAGGUCCGUCUGGAAGAAGAAUGCCCUUGUGGCCCGAAGCCUCA